AUGCCAGUCACCAUUAGCAGCCGUCAUCAUUCCUUAGCCAAGUCACCCGGCAAUGCAGAUACCAUCACCCGAUUCGCCGAACCUCUGGAGGACAUAGAAAAGCUGAAGGUGUCUUCGUGUUGUCCCGAUGCGUCAGCAGGCAGCCUCAUCGUCGACUACCAGUCGACAAUUGUUGACCACGACACCUACCGACUUACUAACGAGAAGCGUAGCCUGGCGCUGCAACUGGCACACGAGGCAGAGACGGUCUCUCUCGAGGAUCCAACCCCACCGAUGCCGCCCAACUCGAAGCGCCGUUCAAUAUUUGCCUCUCGCCAUGCUACCGUCUCACCACAGCUGCUGCCAAUCCCAGUGGUACCACCGUGCAUACUGGGUGCCCCGGACAUUCCGUUCCCUCCUCCACCAGGUUUCAUUCUACAACCGCAUCCGGACGGCAGAGGGCCACCUCCUCCUCCGGGGUUUCAGCCGGAGGUUGCAGCACCGCCUGGCCCGGGGUUCCUAUUGCCCGCCACCGACGGUACUUCCCCACCCCACGAUGGACCGCGCGGUGCAUGGGCAUCGAUAAUGUUCAACUAG